AUGAUGCCUGGACAACCCAGUAAUGCUCCUUCAGGCAACAUUCAAGGUUUUGCCUGUGAUUCAUCUAUGCCGUCAAACAUCGUCAGUGGUGGGUCAUCAGGUCUUCGAGGUCCAGCCUUUACCAAGGAAUUUGUUCCAGCCCACGCACAGCCAUUACCUCAAUCAUUUAUGGAAAUCAGUCAGAUUAUACGUGCAGUCAUGCAGACCUUACAGUUGACAAAGGCGGAAGCUAACACUCUGAGGCACAAAUCUUGCCUGAAAGCGCCCGGACUUGCAGGAAGAGGCACCAGACUGUCAAUUGUCCAUGCCGAAGCAAAGAUCGCAGGAUGUGAAUACUUUCUUGCCGAAUUGAAGAAGCCAAUUCCCCAGAUUUUACAGCAACUCGAAAACGUGUCCAGCCGAUAUGGAGAAUAUCGACUUCAGCUUAGCGUCAACUUGAUACAAAUAGGCGUGGCUACUGAAGAUCUCAUUGCCUUCAUUAUUGUUCAGCUUCAGAAAGUAAAGAGCGAGCUGGCGACUCGAAUCAACAAGGUUGCGGUUACUGCCAAGAGUGUCAAGGAUCAAACUGAAAAGGAGACCGUGGAUGUCUACAGAGCAUGGAAUAUAGAGAUGGCAGAAUACGCAGCUAGGGCAUUCUUCUUACAGCACUGUCUUGAUGGCUUGCGUCCGAAAUUUUUGAAUUGGGAGAAGAAAGCGAGAGCUGAGGAAAAGGCUUUGCCACUGCCCGAGCCUGCGGGGUCUUGGGAUGAAUUUCUGGCUCCGCGUCUAGAACAUUCUCUCAUUUGA